AUGAAGUUUGGGGUUUCCGUAUUUUUGACAAUAAUCUCCCUGUGUCAAUUGGCACUCGGUUCGCAGGUCACAUUUGUGUUGGGAGCCCAAGACCGGGAAUGUUAUUACGUCUUCAAUAACAAACCAGGAAGUAACAUCGGUUAUUACUUUGCUGUUCAGUCAGGAGGAUCCUUUGACGUUGACUACCAAAUCAAAGCCCCCAAUGGAAAGAUUAUUGUGAAGGAGAACAAACAAAGACAAGGUGAUUGGGUUUUCAAUGCUGAUCAAAACGGAGAAUACGAGUUUUGCUUCAGCAAUGGAAUGUCAACGUUUGCUGAAAAAGUCGUUGAUUUUGAGAUCAAGUUGGAGGACGAUGAUUUCAGGGCAGCGUUACCUAAUGCUCCUUCCCAGCAGGUUGCCACUGACGAAAUUCACCGUACUAUCAACUCUCUGGAAGAGAAAUUACAAACUCUCACUCGGGAUUACCAGUAUUAUAAAACAAGAAACAACCGUAACCAGUCCACUGUUAAAUCAACCGAGUCUCGUAUCUUUUACUUUUCCAUUUUUGAUGUAUUGCUUAUGUGUGGAAUGGCUGGAUUUCAGGUUGCUGUUGUCCAAUUGUUCUUUAAGGGUUCCAGAAAACAAUUGGUGUAG